GUUUGCUGGAGACAGAGCUGCUGCAAGGAAGGGAUGAGGAUGCAGUAGCCAGCGCUGACUUCUCCAGCACGCUCUCCGAGGAGGAGAAGGAGGAGUUAAAGGCAGAAUUAGAUCAGCUGGAGGACGAAAUCACAACCCUGCGACAAGUGCUGUCGGUGAAGGAGAGGCGCCUGGUGGAGAUCAGACAGCAACUGGGAAUGAGCCUGAUGAGCGAGUUGAAACAGAACCUCAGCAAGAGCUGGCACGAUGUGCAGACCACAGCCGCCUACAAGAAGACGCAGGAGACCCUGAGCCACGCGGGGCAGAAGGCCACGGCGGCGCUCAGCAACGUGGGCACGGCCCUCAGCAGGAAGCUCGGGGACAUGCGGUCUCACUCCAUCGGCUACUCCAUUCGCCAUUCCAUCAGUAUGCCUGCUAUGAGGAAUUCUCCUACUUUCAAAUCAUUUGAGGAGAGGGUUGAGACGACUGUCACAAGCAUUAAGACGAAAGUAGGCGGGACGAACCAUGGCGGAGGCAAUUUUGAGGAGGUCCUCAGCUCCACAGCCCAGGCCAGCGCGCAGAGCACCUUGGGAGGCCCCCAGCAGGCGGAGGACGAGGGGCUGCAGUGCUAGGUCCUGGCAGCCCGAGGCCAUCCAGAUGCCGGCCACCGCCCAGCCAUCUGUAUCCUCGCAUCUCCAAUACGAAGACCAAAAUCCCACGGGCCAAGACCUAGGGUUUGAUGUUCUUAUUCAAACAGCCUCUCCAGAAAACCUAAUACAAUGAUUUCCACUUUAUUUGUGUUGACGAUGGACCACAUGACCAUCACCUGCAGUAUAUAGAUUGUCAUCUUUUCCAGUGUCCCAAACAGAGCAGUCCAGUUGGUCAUAACCCGUCUGUGUCAUCCAACAUACCUUUCCCCAAAAUGUAGCGAUAAUAUCUGCUUUGGGUUUUGCUCGGCCGCCUUUCCGACGUGCAUGUCCUGCGAGCUGAGUGCUGUCCUUGCAGGUGGAGCUGUACACGGCAUCUCCAGCAAGAGGACAGCAAACUGCAAAUUCCCGCAAGUUGCUUGGGAUCUCCUUCACCUCAAUGAUGUACGUUUACUUAAGCAAUUAAAAUAAUUGAUUUUAA